AGGGUCUGAGUGAAAUAAUUCCAGAAAAUAUUAAAGAAUGACUUGCUCCAAUAAUUCACGAGUUGACCUUGACCAUAUGAAAACAAGACUCAGAGCUAGCAACCUCAGAGAGCUAACUCAGAAAACAUGAAAGUCUCCGCACUUAGUACUUCAAAUCUGAGUUGAGUGUGUAUUGCUGGAGAUCUGAUCUGAGCUGAGCUAUGGCGAUGGUCGCAGACGCAGUAGUAGGGGAGCUAGUGAGCCGGCUAGCACAAGUAGUAGAGGAAAACGCGUCGUUAAUAAUCGGGAUAAAAGAUCAGAUCGACGACCUAGUGUCCGACCUGGAAACGUUCAACGCAUAUCUGAGGCAAGCGUCGAAGAACCAGAGCGCCGGCGACAACGAUGUCCUGAACGACGUCGUAGAGAAGAUCCGAAACGUGGUGAUUGAGGCGGAAGACGCCAUCGGAAAGUUCACGGUGCAGAGGAAGAAGUAUAAAGACAAAGGGGUGCUCAGAUACUUGGAAACAGUCGCUUAUUACGCUAAGGUUAACGUUUCGGCGAGAGAGAUCCAAAACAUCAGAGACAAGGUUCAGAAAAUCAGGCAAGACAACAGCGUAGCUCUUCAGGCCCUCAUAGAUGACCCAAACAGAGGUCAACCUAUUAUGCAGAGGAUGGCUCCGGUGGUAGAAGAAGAAGAUGUGGUGGGUUUCGAUAAUGAGGCAAAAAUUAUAAAGGGACGUCUCUUGGAAAGCUCAACUGAUUUGACAUUCAUCUCAAUCAAAGGGAUGGCGGGUCUUGGCAAAACAACAUUGACCAAAAUGGUGUUCAAGGACCGUGAUCUGCAGUUUGAAUUUUUUACUCGGCUUUGGGUUUAUGUUUCAAGAACUUUUAAUCGAAAGCAAAUAUUCUUGGACAUUCUAAGUAAUUUCACAAAGAAAACCAAAGAGUAUCAUGAUAUGUGCGAUGAAAACUUAGCUGAAAGAAUACGAGAAUUUUUAGGGGGUGGAAAGUAUUUCAUUGUAAUGGAUGAUGUAUGGUCGGUGAGAGACUGGGACUGUUUGAAGAUUGCUUUUCCAAGCAAUGCAAAAGGCAGUAGAGUAUUGGUGACCACUCGACACGAAAAGGUGGCUUUACAUGUUGAUUCUGCUAGUAAUCCUCAUCAACUAAAAUUUUUGAACUAUGAGGAAAGCUGGGAGUUACUGGAGAAGAAGGUUUUUCGUAAAGAAAAGUGCCCUCAUUUGCUAGAAGCCCAUGGUAGGCAGAUAGCCCUAAGAUGCCACGGAUUACCACUUGCAGUGGUGGUGAUUGCUGGUGUCUUAAACAAAGACAGCACCCAUGGUCAUUGGAAACAAGUAGCUGAAAAUCCCAUCCCACUAAUUAACCAAGAAAACCAGAGUUACAAUGAGCUAGUAAAAUUGAGUUAUAACUGUUUACCUUAUUACUCCAAAGAUUGCUUCUUAUACCUAGCAGCCUUUCCUAUAGGCCAUGAGAUUGCUUCUUGGAAACUAAUCCGUUUGUGGAUUGCUGAAGGAUUCAUCCCGCUAAUGGAGGGUGGAUACACCUCCGAUCUAGAGCGCACAGCCGAGAAAUACUUGGAAGAUCUCGUCGAUAGAAAUCUUUUGAUGGUGUUACAAAGAAGAGCAGAUGGUCAGAUAAAAAAAUGUCGAAUUCAUGACACAUUGCACGAGUUUUGCAAAAAAGAAGCUGCCAUCAAGAAUCUCUUUCAUGAAAUGGAAGACAGGGCUAAACUAGAUGUGAACAAAAUCCCACGCCGACUUUGUGUCCACUCCACCAUUUUGGAUUUCUUGAAAUCAGACAACAAGCCAUCUAGUGAACAUGUGAGAUCUUUCUUGUCUUAUUGCUCCAAAGAGGUAGAAAUUCCCAAUGAGUGCCUGGCUGCCAUUCCAAAAUCCUUUCCUCUUCUUAGAGUAAUGGAUGUUGAGUACCUGAAAUUCAAAAUCCUGCCUAAAGAACUCUAUAGCCUCUACCAUCUGAGAUUCCUUGCAGUGUCAACUGACCUGAAGCUCCUCCCAAAGCUCUUCAAUAAUCUCUGGAAUAUGCAGACUCUUGUGUUUAACUCCUCCCAGAAUAGCCUUGAAGUUAAGGCAGAUAUAUGGAGCAUGUCUAAGCUAAGACAUGUCCAUAGCAACAGUUCCAUGGUGCUUCCCCCUCCUCCGAAAUCCAGCAAGAACAGCGCCUCGGUAAGUACAGAUAUCAAGACGCUUUCCACCAUAUCGCCUUCGAGCUGCACAGGGGACAUUUUCGACAAGACCCCAGACCUUCAAAAGCUGGGAAUUCGCGGGAACCUAGCAGAGCUUAUGGAUGUCAAGCAAGGAGGGGUUAGUCUGUUUGACAAUCUUCAGAAGCUGGACCGCCUCGAGAAUCUGAAGCUCAUAAACGACGCUCUCCAGAGCAACAAACUGCGAAGCUUCCCUCGUGCUGAGAAGUUCCCGCGCAGGCUAAGGAAGAUGACUUUGUCCAACACUGCAUUUGAGUGGAAGGACUUGAGUGCUUUGGGGUCUUUGGAUGAGCUCGAGGUGUUAAAGCUGGAGGACAAUGCGUUUAGAGGAGAGUUCUGUGAUGUAAGGAGCGUUGUGUUCAAACAACUGCAGUAUUUUCGGAUCGAAAGGACUGAUUUAGUAUCAUGGACUGCUUCGAAAGAUAGUUUUCCAGUACUAAAAUGUCUGUUCCUCAGAAACUGCACUAAGCUUGAUUCUGUUCCGGUCGAGUUUGGUGAAAUAGAGAGCCUUAAAUUGUUGGAAUUGUAUUGCACCAACAAGGGGGCAGUGAAUUCUGCUCAAAAAAUACAGAAGCUGAAAAGAGGUGUAAAUGGAGAUACAAAAAAGGGUGGAUUUCAGCUCUCAGUCUAUCCUCCUGAGCAGUGAGGUUUCCAUGGAGGAGAUAAAUCGCGUGUCAUUCUGUCAGUUCCUAGUGCAAAAAAGAUUUUCAUUAUCUCUGAUAGGUCCAUGUCUCUCAUUAUAGCUCGGACAAAAUUUUAAGGUGAUUGGUCGAACCAAUUGAGCUAGCUCGGCUUGAUUGCUCAAUUUAUGGAUGACUUUCUGAUUGUGAUUUCUACAGAAUGCUGAAAUAAGUGGGCAACGCGAAUUUGUUCCGAUCAUUCCAUUCUGAUUGUGAUUUCCAAUUUGUGUGCAGAUUGCAUAUUCUUGUUACUGUGUUGCGAUUUGAGUUGGAUUUUGAUUUGAUUUGUUUGUUUUAUCAUGGCUGGUUGUGGUUUUGGUUGUCUUGGCUUCUCAUUGAAUAUUACUCUGUAAACACUCAUUUUGGUGCUUUAAAAUAAAAUACGGAGUAAAUAAAGGUCAUUUAGUUUCUUAUUUUUAA